AUGUGCCCGCACCCGCCGUCCCAGGCCGGUCGUCCGGCGCGCAGGGGACGCCGCGGCCCUGAGAGCCUCUGCGCCUCGCGGGGCCGGGCCUGGAGCCGGCGGCGGUCAUACAAAACCCGCGCCCGGAGCGCGGGGACCGGAAGCGCCCGCGGUCCGCCCUUCCGCCUCCAGAACGCGGGCGCGGGGCCGGGGAGCCGCGCCAGGCCUGGGGCGCCUGCUGGCGUGGCCCGGCAGGCCUCCGGGGGAGCCUCUUUCCACCCCCGGCCCAGUGUCUUCGCCUCCCUCGGUCUCCUCCCGAGGGGGCGAGAGCAGGCCGGAGGAGGGAUCCAAGCCUGGCCCCCAGACCCCGGCCCCGCCGGGCCUAGCUCGAGGAGAGGAACCCGGGCCCAGGCGGCCCGACCCUGCCGCGUGCGCGGCCCGGGCCCGGGCCCGGGCGGGGAGCCAGGCCAGGGCGCCCGGUCGAGGGCACCCGAGGGCCCGGCCGACUCCCCUCCCGUGCGCGCACCCCGCGAUCCGCCAGCCCCGCAGUGUCUCGCGUGGGGCUGCGCUUUCCACUCCCCUCACGCCGACGUCGCGAAGGGAGAGGAAAUCAUCCUCAGGAGGCGAUUUGCCUUUGAGGAAGAUGGAGAGGCGCAGAGAGAAGCGCCUAGAAACGGCAUUGAUUUAGACAUCAAUCCUGGCCGGCUCCCUCCGCCUCCCGAGCCACGGGGCCGCGCAGCCCCCUCCCCGGGAAGAGGCUCGCCUCCGGGCCGGAGGCCGGCCGGCUCCGCCGGGCUGGCGAGGCUGGGCCGACAGCCGCACCAGGGCACGGCCGGCCGGGGGAGCCCCUCGCCGCCACCCCGCGCCCGCGGCCUCGACGCCCGCCUCUGCGCCGCGGGAGCGGCCGGCGCGAGCACCGCUCCGCCGCGGCCAACAGGUCUCCCGAGUCUCUCCCGAGUCAGGAGCGCCGCCGCAUCCUCUCUCCCAGCCCCGGCGGCCCGACGCCCUCGGAGCCCGGGUUCUCCAGAAGCGGCCAAACCACCUGUGUCUGGCCGGGCCCGAACCCGGGCCCCGGCGCUAUUGCGAGUGGCCCGCGGGGACCGCGUCCGGCUCCCCCAACCACCACGGCCCCCACAGCUACGAAAUCGCCGCCCGUGA